GUAAAGCUCUUAAACACUUGUACCACCGACUCACUAACUAAAAAAACCCCAGUUUGAUAGUAACUCUCACAGCCCACAAAAUAAAAAACUUUCCUUUAGUUGUUGAGUUUCAAAGCUGAGAGACACUUGCUACUUGCUAGUUACACCGUUACAAAACAAGUACAGAGAAAGAAGGUGGAUAUCACAUACCCCUUUUUUCCUUUUCACUUGCUUUGUUAUAACCAGAUCUCUUUAACCUUUUUCUAAGUUCUUGAAGUUGUUCUUUCAGGUACUUAGAUAUGAAGUGAUGGGUAACUGUUGAUUUGGAUAAAGUUGAGACCUUUAAGGUUCUUUCUUGUAAUGGAAACUCAGAAUAUCUCUGAAACCCUAGUGGAGGGUUCUGUAGAUUACAAGCCAGUUCAAAGUCAAAACCAAGAUGGUAAAACCCUAGAAGAGUUUUCUGCUCUUUCUAGCUUAAGUGAGAGUUAUGCUGGUUCUGAGUUGGUCAUAGAGGUUCCAUUAAGUGAAUGUUAUGGUGGUGAAAGUGCUAAUGUGGACAAGAAUAUAGCAAAUGGGGAUGAUAACGUUGAGUUGGUGGGAGUCGAGUUUGAGCAGAAGUUGGUAGAUGGAUAUGAUGAAGUUGAUCCGGAGGGAGUCCUGAGGGAGGAGAAGUUAGCAAAUGUGGAUGACAAUAAUGAUUUAGAGGGUGUUGAGAAGUUAGCAAAUGUGGACGAUAAUAAUGAUGCAGAGGGCGUUGAGAAGUUAGCAAAUGUGGAUGGUAAUAAUGAUUUAGAAGGUGUUGAGAAGUUACCAAAUGUGGAUGGUAAUAAUGCUUUAGAGGGUGUUGAGAAGUUAGCAAAUGUGGAUGGGAAUAAUGAUUUAGAGGGUGUUGAGAAGUUAGCAGAUGUGGAUGGCAAUAAUGAUUUAGAAGGUGUUGAGAAGUUAGCAAAUGUGGAUGGGAAUAAUGAUUUAGAGGGUGUUGAGAAGUUAGCAGAUGUGGAUGGCGAUAAUGAUUUAGAGGGUGUUGAGAAGUUUGCAAGUGUGGAUGACAAUAAUGAUUUAGAGGGUGUUAAUACUGAGCAGAAGCUACUAGUGAAUGGGCAGGGGACAGUGGAGAGUGAGAAUAAGCUUGCAAAUUUGCACGAUUAUAACGAUCUUGCGGGAGUUGAGGAUGAAAACAAGUUUGGAGAUGUGGAUGAUACUAUUGACUUAGAGGCACUUGGCCUGGAGAAUCUGAUGGAAGGAGGGACUUUGAAACAUGAAACUGAAGAGUUAGGGGCAAUAAUUCCAGAAACUAACAAAAUAAAUGAUGAUGGUGAUGUACAAGUUGCGGCAUUGGAUGCUGAACUUAAUGAGUCUCAGGAUAAUGGGGUUGAGAAAGUUGGUAUGGUUGAUGCUGUGGAAACGAUUGACACGUCAAAUGUGCACUCAAAUGAUUCUCAGGGAAAGAUAGGAGUUUCUGGAAAUGGUAUUUCUCUGACAGUGGAUAUAUUUAAUGAGUCCCAGGAUAACGAGGUUAAGAAAGUUGGUAUGAUUGAUGCUGUGGAAACGAUUGACACGUCAAAUGUGCACGCAAAUGGUUCUCCGAGAAAGAUAGAUGUUUCUGGAGAUGGUAUUUCUCUGACAGUGGAUGUAUUUGGUCCAUUGGAUGGAAUGUACCCAGUCCAUAAUUCAAGCUAUAAAGAUGGGCAAAUGUUGGGCGUUAGUGGUUCAGAUUACAUGCUUUCUGUGAAAAAUGAAGCGGAAGGAGAUGUCAGUGAUAAUCAAGAACACAAUUUUGCUGUGGGUGACUUAGUAUGGGUAAAAAUCAAGACUGACUUGUGGUGGCCGGGAAUGAUUUGUGAUCCGCAUGCAUCGAAAGAUGCUGGAAAGUGUGAUAAAAGGAACGGUUUCUUUGUUAAGCAUUUUGGUAACUCUAAUUCUGUUUGGUGCCAGGCGUUCCAGUUAAAGCCCUUUAUAGAGUAUUUUGGACUGAUGUCAUGCCAGAAUAAGUCUAAAAGCUUUUAUGGUGCAAUAGAGAAGGCUUUGGGCGAGUUUGGUAGGCGUGUAAAACAGAAGAUGACCUGUUCUUGUUUUUCCAAAGAAAACCAAGUAGCUGCUCAAAAUUUCCCAUCAAAGGAAGACGGGAGUGGGGGUAGUGUUUUUUCGGCAUCUCAAUUUGAGCCUUCAAACUUUCUCGAAUUCAUUAGAUUACGUGCUUUGGAUCUUCGUAGCCCAGGUAGUAUUGAGUUUACAGUUGCUGAGAAUUGCCUAUUGGCCUUUUACAGUUCAAUAGGCCAUAAGCAAUUGCCUUUGUAUAAACUCAGGCCAACAAAUAAUGUCAAAGAUAAUGCUACCAAUGAAGAUCUGGACAAGCUUUCUUCUGAUGAUUGUAAAAUGGCUGAGAUGGGGCUGUCUGACUCAUGGGAAUCUCCUAGAGGAAUGAGAAGCAUGAUAUCCUGUUCACAGAUUGCGAAUGGAAGUGCCGGCGGAAAUUCUGAAAAAGGUUUUGAGUCGAGAGAGCGGAAGAAGAGCAAGUACCUGUCAUAUCCUUAUGUAAACAGUUGGGGCCGUAAGAAUUCACUUGGCCAGGGAGAAGAUGAAACUGAAGAUCCCGAGGAAGCUUCUCUUGGAGGAGUAAAGAGCUCUUCCAGUCCAUCUAUGGUAUCCACUCCAAUUGGUAACGGCAGCAACAAGAACUCGCUAAGGAAAUCGAGGAAAUCUGUUGUUGACAAUGGCGUUUGUAAUAAUACAGAUUUUACUGCUGCCUCUUCAGCAGAAAUGCUCCAAGAACUCCAUCUGACAGCUCUUGAUUGCUUCUUUCCUAGUCAAAGCACGUGUUCCAUUCCAAUCCAGGAUUUUUACCUAAGUUUUAGAACAUUCAGAGAUCCUGAAGUUCAGAUGGAUGAAUAUAAGGAAGCUACUUUAGGGUGUGAAGAAACUUUCGAGUCUGAUAAUAUUUUGGCCUAUGGAGUUAAUGAUCUGCAAGUAGAAGGGCCUCCUCCAAAUGUUCUUCCCAAGAAGAGAGGUAGAAAGAAAAGUGAAGACAGAAAUGCAACUGGUCCCAAUAUGAAUGGCUCUGCCCUUAUUGAUUCUGUAGAGACCGGACCUGAUGCACUCAAAAAAGGAACAGGUCGCCGAAAGAAAAAGAAGGCAGCAACUGCAGCUGAUGUUCAUAAUGAAAUUGGGGUAUUGGGUGGACUACCAGACUUGAAUGGAAAUAACACGGGCUUGUCAGUUGAAAAUAUGCAGGUUAUAGGUCCUGCCCCUACUCAAGGUAAACUUGAACCUAAGAGGAGGAGGAGGAAGAAGGACGAGUUGGUUUCUGGGAAUCUGCCAGAUGUCAGCAAAAGCAACACUGGCUCAUUUCCCUUGGAAGGUAGUCCGCAACCAGUUAACAUGUUGGGGGUACAGGGGGCCACUUCCCUCCUGAAUGCUGAACUUUUAUCUGGACAACCAAAUGUCAAUGUAAGUCAUGCUGCAUGCAGCUCAUUACCCAAUAAUUCACAGAUCACGGGUCUGGUUUCGUCUGCGAAAGCUGAAGGCAAGAAAAGGAAAAGGAAGGAGAAAACAUCAAAUAUUCAGAAUAAUUCUUCAGCUCUACCAGAUUUGAAUGGACAGAUCGCGGAUCCGACCUUGAAGGGAAAGGAGUUCACAGGAUUGAGUUCAAUCACAGUUCAAGAUAAACCCAAGCGUAAAAGGAGGAGAACUACUAAAUCCGCUGCUAUUGGGAUACCGAAUCCCAAUGGAGAUCAUAACACUCUUCUGCUAAACUUUGCAUUGGGUUCCUCAGUGCCUUCUAAAGAAUAUAUCACUGCUUGCUUUUCCAGUUAUGGUCCAUUAGAGGAAUCAAAAACUCAGUACCUAAAUGAUUCCACUGCCCAGGUCGUCUUUGUAAAGGAUAGUGAUGCUAUAGAAGCCUUGCGGAAUUUGCAAAGCAGAAACCCGUUUGGACCUGCCCUUAUCAGUUAUCGCCUCCGUCAUGUUUCAACUUCUAAUACCAUGCAGGCGUCACAUUCUUUUCCGCCUGCAGUUGCACUUUCUGGAGCAGUACCUUCAAAUGGUGAGGGACCUGAUCUUGUUGUCAUAAAACAGAAUCUGGAGGCAAUGACAACUAUGCUUGAGAAGGCUGGUGAUAAUAUUUCCCCUGAGAUGAGAGCCAAGUUGGAAAGCGAGGUGAAAGGCUUCUUGAAAAAGGUAAGCUCCAUGGUUGGUUCUUCAUCGUAGCUGAGAUAAUAAAUGUUGUAGUUUCUUAGUUGGACAUUUUAGCUGUGUAUCUAAUUAAUUAGGAUAUUUAUGUGAGGCUAGUGACUCUUGUUGAGAACCCCCUGUUUUUUCUCGUCUCCUCUGUUUAUUUUCAGUAGAACUGCUAGACCUCUUUCUCUUUACUCUGUUGUAAUAUGGGGUUAUGUGUACUUCUAACUUUCAGUCUUGUACUUUUUAGUAACCGAAAUGGAGCAUGGCACCGUUCUAUA